ACAGGAGGACGCUUGGACGUUUUUGGCUUGGUCUGUUCUUUCUGCAAUGUGGAUUUCUAGGUCACAUUCGAGUAACGUCUCGACAUCACAGUAUAUUAGGGGACAGAUGAUGAUGGUCAUCCCCGAACUUAAACGAUCAUUGCGUUCAUCAAACCCCUUCUCUGACGUCAGCACGGUUAUGUCACAUUUCUAGGUUUGCGCUUACCGCGACGAUGCCGCGCCCCCCUCGGCCCUGUUCAGGAAGUGAAUUUGUGGAAAAUAGAAAAACGGGAGCUAGAAUGACAUAGAAGCGGGAGAGGUGGUAGACAGAAAGAAAGACAGGCUGAGGGCUUACACCGAUUUGGGCCGCUAUAGAGCGAUAAAAUAACUUAUCACAAUACAUAAAGCACACGGGAAGAUGCUCAUCAAGGAAUUUCGAGUGAUUCUGCCCAUUUCUGUGGAAGAGUACCAAGUGGGUCAGCUGUACUCGGUAGCUGAGGCCAGUAAGAAUGAGACCGGGGGAGGGGAGGGGGUUGAGGUCCUGAAGAAUGAGCCGUACGAAAAGGAAGGAGAGAAAGGCCAGUACACACACAAAAUCUAUCAUCUUCAGAGUAAAGUUCCCUCGUUUGUGCGAAUGCUUGCGCCCGCCUCAGCCCUCAGCAUCCACGAGAAAGCCUGGAAUGCCUAUCCCUACUGCCGCACAGUCAUCACUAAUGAAUACAUGAAGGAUAACUUCCUGAUCAAGAUUGAGACGUGGCACAAACCUGACCUGGGACAUCAAGAGAAUGUGCAUGGACUAGACCCAGAUACCUGGAAGAAAGUUGAUGUAGUGUACAUUGACAUCGGAGACAGAAGUCAGGUAGAGUCUAAGGACUACAAGCCCGAGGAGGACCCCUCAAAGUACAAGUCUGUGAAGACCGGCCGAGGACCACUGGGGCACGACUGGAAGAAAGAGCUGCCUAAAAAGACAGAAUGCCCACAUAUGUGUGCCUACAAACUGGUCACUGUCAAGUUCAAGUGGUGGGGUCUGCAAAACAAGGUGGAGAACUUUAUUCAGAAGCAAGAGAAGCGCUUGUUCACUAAUUUCCACCGACAACUCUUCUGCUGGAUUGACCGGUGGAUUGAACUCAACAUGGACGACAUCCGGCGAAUGGAAGAGGAGACCAGGAAGGAGCUCGACGAGAUGCGAGUGAAAGACCCAGUUAAAGGAAUGGUUGCUCUUGAGGACUGAUGCAGGACCAUGCAAUGCUGCUGCUGACAAUGAUGAUCAGACCUGUACCAAUAAACACCAGCGGCAUCCUUCUCCUGAGUGGUCUCGGUGGAACCACCAUCAUGUAAACUUGGUCCAAGCCCUCCUCCUCUUCCUCCUCCUCCGCCAUACUCCUCUCGCCGUUGGCCUCACACAGGUCAACCAUUCUCUUCGAGUCUAAAUCGGAGCACUUCAGAGUAAAAUAAAAAAAAUAACUAUUAAAAGAUAGAAAUGAAGUUUAAAAAAUGUGAAACUUUCUCAACAUCCCCGCACCCCCCUGCAGUACUAGUUGUUACAGCUAAGCCAUCUGUAGCAACCCUAUAGGUAUUUUGAGAUGUCAAACGUUUGAGGAUACAUAUUAGAGUUGGAGAUGUCAUUUCUUUUUAAAAAGAACAAUACAUUUUGUGUGUACAUAAAGUAUAUAUCAGAUAAUGAAUAUCACAAGAGCUGUACAAACAGGGUUUUUAAAAAAAGAUUUAAAAGUUUGUCUGUGUAUGUUCUUUUGGACCAAGCUGAAUCUUUUCAGUGUUAUGUAUUGAUUUCAACGUUUUAUGUUUUAUCGUUUUGUUUUUUCUGUUGUUAUCAGUUUCAUUUCUAUAUAGUGAACAAAUAGUUUCCUGUGCGUUGCCUGGCAACCUCUAAACUCUUGUCCAAUGUCGUUGCUCCCAGGCUGAACAUGUGCUUCUUACUGUAACAGAAAGAGUGACAUGACUGCUAUGACAAGAGCGUGGGUGUUUGUGUGCAUUAUAAUGGAAAAGAAUAAGUAUGUUCCCUGUACUCUAUGGACAUGCCCUCUUGUAGUACUACUAUUCCACAGGGUUGCAAGUAUGUUCUUUAUGUAAGUGGUGGGACGUUUUAAUCUGUGAGUGUGGUUUUUUCCCCCGUAGUUUUUUUGUGUUUUUGGAGUCUGUGUUUCAUGAUAGCUACUUUUAUUCCUCCCUACACAAAAAAAAAUGGUUUGGUCUUUUAUGUGAAAACUGAUACCUGGCCAUUUAUUUUCCGACGCUACUUUUCCCCUGACAAAGAGAAAUCUGGCUGCGUAAUGGGGCCAGGUCAGAACCGGGCCAGAACUUUCUGGGUUUUUCUCAUCAUUCCACUCCCUGUGUGUGUGACAGUCACUGUCACGUCACAGCUAUACGAGUUGGUCUCUGCCUAUAAACCUAUAAUUUUGUGUGACAUGCUAGGUUGGUGAGCUUUUGUUUUGUUUUUGGACACUAUCCAGCGGCUUGUAUGUCAAAAAAAGGCUAUGAGCCAGAGGCUAUUGGUUCAAUAAGAGUAUAGGAAAUAAAAAAUAAAAAAAUAUAACCGAACAGGUCUGAAAUCUUGAAGCUUUACUUCACCCAGAAAGGUGUUGGUUCUCCCUAAGCCUAUGGGAUUGAUUUGUCAGGCAACCACAGAAACCCCAGAAUUAUGUUUUUAUUUUCUGUUUUGCUGGUUCUGUUUAACUAAAUGAAAUCAAUAUUUGUCUAAGGUUCA